AUGGGAUCGGGACUGGGAUGGUCCUGCACACGUCUAGCGCUAAUACGAAAUUCAGACUCAGCAUUAAAUUUUCAAUCAAAUAGUGUAUCAUAUAUUGUAUUCAGACGAAAACGUUUUUCUAAUAAUCAGUCGAAGAGUGGAGUGCCCGCUCCCUCACCACUAAUGUUUGCUAGAAAUACUUCAUCUUCGAUUACUACAACGAUCGAGAGAACGUCGACAAAUACUUGUAGACCAGACGACCGCUCUUCAUUCCUAGAUGUUAUACAAUGCUUUGAUAAAGAACGAUCACAAAGAGCAGAACAGCAAGCAGAUCAAGCUGAUCCAAAUCGAGUGGUAAUAACUAAUACAUUAUAUUACUUACCACUUGGUAAAGAACAGUAA